CACAUUCACAGAGGCUCAUGGCGAACACAGGAGCCACGCCGAUGCUGAUCCUGGCUCUCAUACUGGUGAUACUUUACACUUUAGCACCGUGCUCUGGGGCAAAUGUUAAAAUCGGUGUCCCUGAAAACUACGAUGGUAUUUUCCCAUGGUAUCUAGCCAAGCUCCACAGCCUGCCCAGUAAUUACAGCGACCUGGUGCUGACCGGGGACGAUGAGGGGAUAUUCGGCGUCGACGCUCAGUUCCUUUACGCCCUGAAACCGCUUGACAGAGAGAAGCAGCCGUCAUACUCCCUGCAGGUGUCCUUCAGGGCCUCGGUGCACAGACAGAGCUUCACUGUCGAAGUGUGUGUCAUCGACAAGAACGACAACGUGCCCACUUUCCUAGGGGAGAGCAUGCGAGGCAGCGUGCAGCUCGGCCUCCUCAAAGGGAUCCCAUUCAUGCAGGUGGAGGCGCUGGAUCGGGACGACCUCGACACUGCUCAUGCCGACCUGCGGUUCAGGCUCAUGGAACAGACGCCCAGGAUUCCCUCCAGCCAAAUGUUCUCCAUCGGCUCCAUCACUGGAGAGGUCUCCCUCACUGAGGAAGGAGCCUCCACUCUGGACCCGGAGAUGUGCGGCCGUUACAAGCUCUCGGUGAUGGUGAAGGACAUGGCCGGGAAGGCCAACGCUUUCUUCACCACCGGCAUCGUUACCGUUGAGGUGACAGGAAACACCUGGGCAUCCCCGGACCCGGUGCGACUCCAGGAGAACCUGCCGGGCCCCUACCCCAUCCCCAUCUCUCAGGUCAAAUGGAGUGGAAGUCAGGCCCAGUACAGUCUGGACGGGGAGUUCCCAGAGAUGCUCUUCACCAUCAGCAGAGAAGGAGUAAUUUAUCUCAAUGCUCCUCUGGACAGAGAGACCCAAGACCAGUUCCAGAUCAGCAUCGUGGUUGAGCGUCCCGACGGAAGAGAGAUCGCCAAGCCCGUGGAGCUGAGGGUGAUGGUGGGCGACGCCAACGACAACAGACCCACCUUCCCACAAGCUCAGUACCACACUGUGGUGAAGGAACUGGCUGCUCGAGGGACAGAAAUCCUCACAGUGCAGGCAGCCGACAACGACGAUCCCAAGACGGACAACGUGCGGAUUUUCUACCGUUUAGUCGGGCAAAUUCCAGAGAGUCCUCGUGCCCUCUUCAGAGUGGACCGUGACUCUGGGGUCAUCUCGGUCCAAGCAGACAGUAUGGAGGGCACAGCACCGCAGUACACUCUCACCAUCACAGCUGAGGACGCCAAAGGUUUAAACAGCUCCUGCACUGUUGUUGUGACGGUGCAGGACGAGAACAAUAACCCGCCAGUCUUCUCCCGACAUGAGUAUGGGCCCUUUCACAUCCUGGAGGACGCCCCCGUGGGCACCACAGUCACAGCUGUGCUGGCAGGGGACGCAGACGUGCGAGGAGGAGACAGCUGGCAGGUGGACUACCGCUUGGAGUCUGGAAACGAGGAGGAGGUCUUUACAUUAGUGACGGACAAGCAGACCAAUGAGGUGUCACUUGUGCUCUCGAAGGUGUUGGACUUUGAGCGUGAGAGCGAGUACAUCCUGGUGCUCAGCGGUCAGAACCCAGUGGCUCUGGUCCGCGGACGUUACGGACCGGCGUCCACGGCCACAGUCGCUAUUUAUGUUGACGACGUGAACGAGGGUCCGAUCCUGUCGCAGAGCCAUUACGAGGUGACCGUCAGAGAGGGCGAGGAGCCGGGACGGGUCAUCGCCACCAUCCGAGGCCAUGACCCCGACUCGCACCCCAUCAGGUAUUCUCUUCAAGGGGACACAAAGAAAUACUUUUCAAUAGGUAAAUACUCUGGAGAGCUGAAAACUGUGCAGGCCCUUGACAGAGAGGAGAACAGCACGUACACCAUGGAGGUCAUUGCGGUUGAUGGACGAAACUCGUCCUUAUCCGCGUCCACCCUGGUGACAGUGCAUAUCCUGGAUGUGAAUGACAAUAGCCCGGUGCUGGUUGGAGACUACUCCUGGAAGUACCUGUGUACUCCUCGCUGGGAGGACCAGGCGCUGGUGUUGGCCUCGAGGGACAGUGACGGACCUCAGCACGGGGGGCGGCUCAACUUCUCCCUGCGCAGUGAUGCCAUGGUUCGGCGGAACUGGAAGCUCACGCCGAUUAACGAUACUCACACCAACCUGUCCUUAAACAUCCCCUACCUGUCCCCCGAGGUCUACACCGUGCCCUUCACCAUUUCUGACAGCAGCUCCCCUCCCAGGAGCACCUUCAUAAACCUGCCAGUGACAGUGUGUCCCUGCAACGUCAGAGGGAACUGCAAAAUGGCUGCCAAGCGGUUGCACGGCAUGCCAACUAUUCAGUCAGCAGUGGGAAUUCUGCUCGGCACCUUUGCAGUCAUAGGAACUAUCCUCAUUGUGGUUUUUGUGAGACUGUCCUACCAGAACCCAAAGACGCCGAGCGAAACAAACCAGGAGAGAGUUCCCCUGAAGAUCUCAAUCUAAUUAGGAUGAUAGUGUUUUGUCCGUCCUGCUCACUGUCCUGGACGACAGGGCUAAUGUAAUAAUGUUGCUUUUAGGGCACGGAAUCCAUCAAGUGACUGUGAAUGUCUAAAAAUGAAUGUAUAGUAUAUUUCACUUUGUAGCUUAUAUGUACACUGACCUAAAAAAUAAAAAUCACAUAAUAGUUGUGAGCUUGUCAAGAUGUCAAGUGAAUGCUCAGUGCUCAUUUUGUAUUGCUGUAGAUCAGUAUAUGGUUCUUAUUAUAUUGUAUUAGGGAGAUUUUUUAAUCAAAGUCAUUUUCUUUCAUUAUUGUUUUAGAAUAUUAAAUUUAGUUGUAAUUUUGUGAGAAAGUUUUUUGAUGGAAAUCAUUAAUGAACUGUUGAAAUUAAAGUAAUAUUAUUGCAAUAAAUUGCUUAUGAAAGAAAAUAGGGAUUUCCUUCCUGUAAUUUCACCAUUUUUUUCUCUGAAAAUAUGUUGACGUUUCUCUCGGUGUUGAAAUUAUUCUCCAAAAGUUCUUCGUCUCAACUUUGGACAUGAUACACAAUUGAAAUAUCCUGAUAUUCAUUCAUGUCAUUGUAUGUGGUCAUAUUAGCUGAUCCUUGAUGUGAUAUGAUAAAUAUGCCACAGAGGGAUUGUUGUAAAACCCUAAAUUAGAAGAAACCUGCAUGUAAAUUCUGUCAUAUAAUUGAAUUUAAUGUGAUACCUCAACAGAAUAAAAACAUUUUCACACAA